AUGGAUAUUGUGAAAAGAGAAAACGUGAAUGUUAACAAUGCCGUCCUGGUGAGUGGUAUAACAUUGUCAGAAAGUGAUGAUGAUUUAGAGCAGUGGCUAUUGCGUUAUGGUAGCAUAAAACGUACCUUGCUCAUAGAUAGCCCAACUUCUGAGUUUCAUCGACAUGCUAUCAUUGAGUUCCAAUACAGCUCAGCUAUGGACGAGCUGCAAACCUUGUUGCCUUUACGAAUCGUCGGUGCUUCUAAAGCAGACGUCACUUUCAAUGUGCAAGCCUUGAGCAGUGUUUAUCCACAAGUGGCUGGAAGUGAUGUCACUAAAGAGUGUAUGGAUGAACUUCAAGAAAUUGCCAAAGCUAGUGGGAGAUCUUUUCAUGAUGUGAUUCAAGAGUUAAGAAAGCUAGGUAGCGCUUGUAAUGAACCAACAUCUAGACCAAGUGAAAGUAAUGUGCACCGUAUUGUGGCAGAUUCUCAACCUCAUAGGUCAUUACCAAAAAUCCAACAAGCAGUCGAACAUACUGCAACUACACCAUUGAUUGAUAGGGCCUCUGUGUCCAGUGUUGAACAAAGUAAAUAUCAAAACCUGACCAAGACCAAUGACCAAGCGGGUGCUGUGCCAGUGCAUACUACCCUGCCAGUUGAUGUAAUGGGUCCACCUGGUAUUCAGCGUGUAGUAGUUGAACAUAUUGUGCGGGCUACUGAUGCUGUUUCCAAUCAGUACGUUCCAAUGCGUUUGAGGUCAUUUUCAGGAAAAAGUCCUCGGCCAGCUAACGAACCUGAUUUUGAAACCUGGAGAGCGAGUGUUGAUUUUUUACUUGAUGACCCAUCCAUUUCUGACUUGUCUCGCACUCGAAAAAUACUAGACAGCCUUUUGCCGCCAGCAGCAGAUGUUGUGAAACAUAUCGGGUCUCAUGCGUCUCCGUUGAUGUAUCUAGGACUUUUAGAGUCCGUUUAUGGGUCAGUUGAAGACGGUGAUGAGCUCCUUGCGAGGUAUAUGACUCUGUUGCAAAACCAAGGUGAAAAGCCCUCUAGUUACCUGCAUAGACUGCAAGUCAUGCUGAGCGCAACAGUGCGGAGAGGAGGUAUUUCAGAGGCUGAGCGUAACCACUACUUACUGCGACAAUUCUGUCGUGGGUGUUGGGACAGCAAUUUACUAGUAAGUCUGAAUCUCGAAAAAAGAAAGAACGAACCGCCUUCCUUUGCUGAGUUGGUAGUGGCUGUUAGGACCGAGGAGGACAAGCAAGCCUCAAAAGAGGAACGCAUGCGAAGCCAUUUGGGAAUGACAAAACCUGGCUUACACUCAUUUAAGUCACGUGCUACAGUGCACCAGCUGUCGUCUAAUGCUACUGAGGUAGGCGCUGGAGCAGCUGCUGAUGUUGAUCCGGUGAAAAAGCAAAUAUCGGAAAUACAUGCUCAGUUAGUGCCUUUGAAGUCUCGAGUCCAUAAGCAGGGUCAAACUGAUUCUCAGGAAACAGCAGGGAUUUCUAUGCUAAGAGAAGAAAUAAAUGAGUUGCGAGCACAGGUAAAAGCUAUAGGCUCAGCUAUGACUAAAAAGAACACUCACCUUGACUCAGAUGUUUCAGAACUUGCAGACCUAAGGAAGCAGGUUGCUGAGCUAAAAGCUCAAUUAGCUAUAACUGGAGCACAGAAAAAUCAAACCCAAAAGCUGUUAGGUUCACAUGGAAACUUCAAAAAGCCACAGCCUAAGCAGACUGAGUUAAACAAACGUGGACAGUCUAACUUGAGUGAUGUAGUCUCGGCUCGACCCCGUCCCGGGUACUGUUUUAAUUGUGGGCAUACAGAGAUCGGAAGCCAACUUGAGUGCCCUAAUCAGUUCAGAAAACCUUUUGACUUUCAAUGGAAGGACAAGAUAUCAGGGAGGUUACCAAAAGGGUUAAUUGGGACAAAGUGCACUGCUCAGUUGUGCAUUGAGGGAACAGAAGUGAAUUGUUUACUAGACACCGGUUCUCAGGUAACCACAAUUCCAUUGUCCUUCCACAAUGCACACUUAUCUGAUUUCCCUGUGAAGCCUUUAGAUGCCUUGUUAGAGGUUGAAGGGGCCAACGGGCAGUCGGUACCCUAUUUAGGGUAUGUGGAACUUACCUUAACCUUUCCUAAGGAGUUUCUAGGGGUCACAGCAAAUAUUGACACACUAGCUUUAGUGGUUCCAGACUUGAAGGGAGUGCAGCAGAUAUUGAUGGGUACCAAUUCCUUAGAUGCAUUGUAUGAUGUGCAUGCCCAGGGAGACCUUGAGCUCAACCCAGCUUUCAAUGGGUAUCGAGCUGUGCUUAAGAUUUUGAGUGCUAGGCAUAAGCAGAGGUGUGCUGAAGUCCUGGGGCAUGUGACUUUAAGAGGGGACAACCCUGAGAUUGUACCUGCAGGUCGUACUGUAGUUUUUGAUGGGGUUGUUCAACUCAACCAUUGUCUGAUUGAAGAUUUAGCUGUCAUUGACUCUACUGAAAUGUCCAACUUACCAGGUGGGUUAGUUGUAGCCAGUAGUUUGCAUGCUUUACCUGGCAAACGCUCCUUUAGUGUGCCACUGUUGGUAAAGAAUGAAACUCAAGUUGACAUUAAUAUAUCUCCCAAGACUGUGCUAGCUAAUGUUUGCUCAGUUCAGAAAGUGACAGACAUUUCUCAGAGAAGUGACUUCUCGCAAGCUCAAGAGCAAUCAAAUGAACCACAAAUAAACAUUGACUUUGGUGAUUCAACCUUGCCGACGGAAUGGAAGUGUCGAAUAACCGCUUUGCUGAAUACGAUGCCUGAGGUUUUCGCUUUACAUGAUAUGGAUUAUGGCCAUACAGACAGAGUUAAGCAUCAUAUUAAGCUUAGCAAUGAGACUCCUUUUAAGCAGCGACCCAGACCCAUACAUCCACAAGAUGUUAGUGCAGUUAGGAAACACUUACAGGAGUUGUUAGACGCUGGAAUAAUUAGGGAAUCUGAAUCACCCUUUGCAUCUCCCAUUGUAGUGGUGAGAAAGAAAGAUAACUCGGUUCGUCUUUGUAUUGACUUCAGAAAGUUGAAUGCGCAGACCAUUAAGGAUGCCUAUGCUCUUCCAAAUCUUGAGGAGGCAUUUUCGGUACUCACAGGCUCCAAGUGGUUCUCUGUUUUAGAUCUGAAGUCAGGAUACUAUCAGAUAGAGAUGAAUGAGCAGGAUAAAGCCAAGACAGCAUUUGUAUGCCCAAUCGGAUUUUGGGAAUUUAACCGGAUGCCACAGGGCAUAACGAAUGCCCCAAGUACUUUUCAGCGGCUCAUGGAGCGCUGUAUGGGUAGCCUAAACAGGAGCGAGGUCUUGGUAUUCAUUGAUGACUUAAUUGUGUUUUCAGACACUCUUGAAGAACAUGAACGCCGUCUGAUAAAAGUGCUAAACCGGUUGAAGGAGUACGGGCUAAAACUUUCUCCCGAAAAGUGUAGUUUCUUUCAAACAUCCGUACGUUACCUGGGUCAUAUUGUGUCUCAACAUGGUGUUAGUACAGAUCCAAGCAAAAUAGAAGCCGUAAAGACCUGGCCAAAACCGCAGACUCUAAAAGAGUUAAAAUCCUUUUUAGGAUUUGCCGGGUAUUACCGUAGGUUUGUGAAGGACUUCUCAAAAAUUGUUAGACCCCUGAAUGAUCUCACGGCUGGAUAUCCUCCGGUUCGGAAAAAUGCUAAGUGUAGAGAAGUAAAGCAAACUUACCUGAACCCCAGAGAUCCAUUGGGGCAAAGAUGGACUAACGAAUGCCAAAGAGCAUUUGACACAAUUGUGGACAAACUCACGACUGCUCCUAUUCUGGGAUAUGCUGAUCCCAGACUCCCUUACCUGUUACACACCGAUGCCAGUACCAUUGGGCUCGGUGCUGCUCUGUAUCAAGAGCAGGAGGGGCAGCUGAGGGUCAUUGCAUAUGCCAGUCGGGGGUUGACUCGAAGUGAAGCUAGAUACCCAGCCCAUAAGCUGGAGUUUUUAGCAUUGAAGUGGGCGGUUACCUCCAAAUUUAGUGAUUAUUUGUACGGGAGUGAAUUCACUGUGGUAACGGAUAGUAAUCCGCUAACGUAUAUUCUGACUUCGGCAAAGCUUGACGCCGCAAGCUAUCGAUGGCUCUCCAGCUUGUCGACGUACAAUUUCAAAAUUCAGUAUCGAGCAGGAACUCAAAAUAUGGACGCAGACGGAUUGUCUCGACGUCCUAACGGUCCCCUUAGGGAUGAUGUAGAGUCCCAGAAAGAACAAGAACGCAUAAAGCAGUUCACGCUGAAUCAUUUGGGUGGUGAACAAGGGCCGCAAGUCAUAUUGCCAGAGGUAGUGAAAGCCAUCUGUGAGAGGCACCAGAUUCAGACUUCUCCAGUGGUUUUAGCUGAGUCUCUAGGUGUGAGUGCAAAUUCUUUACCCCAAGCUUUUCUAGAUGAGUGUGAUCAUGGCUUACCAGCUAUUCCUACCUUGUCAGAGGAUGACUUGGCAUGUAGACAAAGAGCCGACUCUGAAAUAAGGGAGAUAAUUGAUCUGCUAGAAGCAAACAAAAGACCGCCCAGCAUGAAAAAUGUUUCAAUGGAAAUGGCUUUGUGGUUUCGUGAGUGGAGUAAAUUUGAGAUCAGACGUGGCUUAUUGUACCGAAAGCGUAUAGAUCAGGGAAGGGUGCGAAGGCAACUCGCAUUACCUAAAGAUUUGAGAGAGUUAGUACUUACCUCUUUACAUGAUGAUAUGGGUCACCUAGGGGUUGAGAGGACUCUUGACCUUCUUAGGGCCCGGUUUUAUUGGCCCCGAAUGGCCAGUGCUGUAGAAAAGAAGAUAAGUACUUGUGAACGUUGUGUCAGGCGGAAGGCUCCGGUACAGAAAGCCGCCCCCUUGGUGAACAUACAGACCAGCCGUCCAUUAGAGUUGCUUUGUAUGGACUUUCUAUCCGUGGAGCCCGACAGCAGCAAUACGAAAGACAUUCUAGUAAUUACUGAUCACUUUACGAAAUACGCGGUUGCAAUUCCAACACGUAACCAGAAGGCUCAGACGGUAGCUAAGUGCCUUUGGGAACAUUUUUUGGUUCAUUAUGGUUUCCCUGAGAAGCUACAUAGCGACCAAGGGCCGGAUUUUGAGUCGCGCCUUAUACAAGAAUUGUGUAAGAUUGCAGGGAUUCGUAAAGUAAGAACGACACCAUACCACCCUAGGGGAAACCCAGUAGAGCGGUUUAAUAGGACUCUAUUGCAAAUGUUGGGUACCCUAGAAAACAAACAGAAAGCUCAUUGGAAAGAUUAUGUCAAGCCAAUGGUGCAUGCGUAUAAUUGCACGAGAAACGAUGUCACUGGCUACUCACCAUACGAGUUGAUGUUUGGAAGGCAGCCACGGUUGCCACUUGACAUAGCCUUUGGAAUCUUGAAUGAUGAACCACAGCAAUCUCACUCACAGUAUGUGACCUCUCUAAAGCAAAGACUAGAGGAAAGUUAUAAGUUGGCAGUGGAAAACAGUAAAAAGGUGGCUGAACGGAAUAAAAAGAGGUUUGACAAAAAUGUGGUGAAUUCUGUUCUGGAAGUGGGAGAUAGAGUUUUGGUAAAAAAUGUCAGGUUAAGGGGGAAACACAAACUGGCAGACAAGUGGGAAACAGAUAUUUAUGUUGUGUUGAGUAAAGUACGAGACAUACCUGUGUAUACUGUUUGCCCUGAAGGAAAAAAUGGUCCUGUCCGUACCCUGCACCGAGAUCUGCUCUUACCUUGUGGGUUUUUGCCCCGAGUUGAAGCAACUGAGACAGCUUCACACAAGGUACGACACAGACGCAGAACCAGAGCUCAGUCUGGUGUGGAAAAUGAUAAUGAAGCAGAAUGUUCUAAUGAUGGGGAGAAUUCUGAGAGUGAACAUUCUUAUUGUGUCAUGCCUAGAAAAUCACUAGACUUGGUUUCUCACCUAGUCUCUAAUGAAAAUUCUUCCCAGCAGAUAGACAGCCAGUUGAUUGUACCAAGCACAAUUGAGGUUGAUGUAGCGGAUGCUGCCCAACCAAAUACAGAUUACCUAGAAAGAGAGGUACAAGAAGUUACUGAAAAACAAAAACAACUAUGUGAUAAAGCAAAUGAGAACAUACCUGUAAGAAGUGUUGAAGAUGAGCCUGGAGAAGGUAGAAUGGAAAAUCCUGUAGCAGUGUCAUGGGAGGAAGAUUGUAAUAACUCCGAGUUAAUUGACCAGUCUGAGAUACUGGAAAGUGUAGACCUGAAUCCAGCUAAGGACUCAGAUCUUGAUCAGAGCAAAGGAAAUAGUCCUACUUGUGAAGCCGUACCUGAUGACAUGGUGUCAAGAAAAGGAAAUUCACAGGAGGAGGGUGUUAGACAUUCCACAAGAGUGACCAAACCCCCAAAGAAAUUUCAUUAUCCUCAAUUAGGGAAUCCCUUGAUUUCAGUAGUUCAGUCCUUAUUACAAGGCCUAAGUACUGCAUUUGCUCAAGCAGAGAAUAAUUCUGACAUUAUUCAGAACCAGUGUGUUAUGGAACCUGGGGAUCCUUUGGCAGCAGUGACAAUGCAGCCACAUGCAUGCACGAGGACGUGCAUGAGAACAAGGGGGGAGGGUGUAACCCCAGUUACAAAAGUUAUAAAAAUAUAAUUUUUUUAUUUGUUGAAUCUCUAAAUGUAGUUAUUUUAUGGUCAAAGUUUCAGCCAAUAAGAAGAAAGUUUAAUGAUGUGUUCGACCAAUGAUAUGUGUGAAUGGUGUUUGGCUCACUGCUUACUUCCGGGUUUCUCUCGCGCACGUGAGAGAUCGCUGGUUAGUCUGCACGUGAGUCAGAUAGAGAGCAGAUGUAGAUUGAGAACUCUGGAGAAAUCGGGGGUAUAAAUUGCUUUAAUGCUGAGUUUUACUCAAUAUUGAUAGAAAUAGAGAUAAAAUCUCUUCAGAGAAACUGUUGAAACAAUUUGAAACGGACUUUAUCAUUGGUUUUGGUCAGGUUUUUUUUUUUUGUUGUUGUGUUUGUUUUGAAGUUUAUAUGAUUGUUGCCUACGGACGUCUCCAUCCUGCGCUGUGAAUGCUGCGUAUGGGGUGCUGUUUUGCACACGAGGCUAAGUUGCUACGGUAACGAUCGAACUUUCUGGAAUCGUUUUCAAUUCUUCCGAUAGUGGGCGGAGUUGGGACUGGCGAGCCACGAGGAGUUUUCAUCGAGUCUUAAAUGCGUGAGAUUUAACCCUUUUAUUGCCAAACGGACAGUAGGCAAGUGAAACACACACAGUUACAUUUUUUCCCUAUUUUUCUUGUGGAGUAAUUUCAUCUAAAAGGAAAGACUGAGAUACAAAACAAUCCAUUUAUGUGAAAAGGAUCAUAAAGACUGAUAAAAAGAUCUAAAGAUUUACUGUUCUGUUAAAGACUGAUUAAUUGUUCUGGUAAAGACUGAUUUACUGAUUUGAUUGAGCUUACAUAUAAUGUGAUUUACAUUUUGAAUGUG